UCAAUCGACGAUAGAUAUUUUAUUAGCCGAUCGCUCGAUCCUUCGAAAUUUCUGAGCAAAUUCCCAAAUUUUAGGGUUUACCGCCAUUCGCCGUUCCUGAAAUCAUUUGAAAGAUUCUGUUCUUGGAUCAGAUUUGAACUUUUUUUUUGGAUAAUUUUGAUGCUCUUUUUCGUGUAGAUUUGGCGUCUACUUCGGAGUGGGGAGCGAUGGAGACGGAGGAGCUUAUCGAAAUCCAACCUCGAGAAAUCAAGUUCACUUUCGAGGUAAAGAAGCAAAGCUCCUGCUUAGUGCAUCUGGUCAAUAAGACCAACGAAUAUGUGGCAUUCAAGGUUAAAACAACAUCUCCGAAGAGAUAUUGUGUGCGACCAAACACUGGCGUCAUCUUACCAAGGUCGACAUGUGAUUUUACAGUCACUAUGCAAGCACAAAAGACAGCUCCACCAGAUAUGCAGUUGAAAGAUAAGUUCCUAAUUCAAAGUACAAUUGCUCCACAUGGAAGUGGAGAUGAGAACAUUGAACCUGCCCUGUUCUCAAAAGCAAGUGGCAAGUAUAUCGGAGAAAACAAAUUGAGGGUAGUCCUUGUUAGUCCACCUCAUUCUCCAGGUCUGCAACCAGUGAACGGAGCAUUGAAGCAGGAACCAACUAAUGAAACUUCCGUUGUUGAAGAAGCUCCCAUUGUGAAAGAAACUCCGAUAGCUUCUAUUCUUAAAGAAACUCCUAUAGCUCCCAUCGGGAAAGAAACUCCUAUAACUCCUGGGAAAGAAACCCCUGUUGCUCCUGUUGUGAAAGAAAUUCCUAUAUCUCCUGUUGAGAAAGAAACUGGUAUAGCUCCUGUUGUGAAAGAAACUCAAAUGGCUCCUAUGGUGAAAGGCACUCCUAUACUUCCUGUUGUGGAAGAAGCUGCUAUAGCCCCUGUUGAGAAAGAAACUCCUACGUCAAAAGAUUGCACACCAUUGAAUGGAGUCCAUGAUAUUCCCUCAUCUCAAGUGAGGGAUCUUGAGGAUUUAAAACUGAAGGUCAGCAAUCUCGAAUCAAAACUUUUUGAGGCUGAUAAGACCAUUGUUACACUGAGGAAAGAAAAGAGCUUUGCAAUACAAGAAAGAGAUGGGCUAAAGGAGGAAUUGGCUCUGAUGAGAAGGAGAUAUGCUGCCAAGGUUCGGGUGGGCUUCCCCUUCUUGUAUGUAGUUUUCAUGGCUCUUGUUGGUGCAUCACUUGGAUACCUUCUGCACCAGUGACGAGGAAAGAUUUAUCUUCACGGCCCAGCUGUAGAUUAGGAGAGAUUAUAAGCACUGGAAAUUUUAGUUAGUGUUUAUUAUUGACAGUAUCAUACUAGAAUAAAGCAGUGUUUCUUUGUGAAGGAUCAUAAUUUUCUUCUGUGUAUAGAGGAACUAUUCAAGGACUCGCUUUAUCAAACCGUGGGCUUCGAUUCCUUUCCUUAUGGAUCUUUUUGAUCGUUGUACAUAAAUUUUGAGGGGAGGAGAGAUGUUUGUGUGACAUCUCUGUAUGUUACCUAAUGCUCGCGUGUUUCUUGUAUUUGAUGUUUCAACUCAAAUUGCUGCGGGGGUCAUUUGCUUCA